CAGUAUUUCCACAUCCGGGUAUUGGGCAAGAAUGGAAUAUAGGUCAUGGGCCAGUAUCCACUAUCUGUCAACAAACAAAAUAAAAUUCUAAAUAGCUAAACAUGUCGGUUCCGAGGACUUAUGGAUUGCGAUAUAUUCAGGGAGAGCCCCCGGGUACGACCCGUUUGUUGAGGGUGAAGGUCCUAAACGGGGUAAAUUUAGCCAAGAAGGACAUUUUUGGUGCAAGUGAUCCAUAUGUCAGAAUUUCCCUGUAUCGAGGGGAUAGGGACCAUGGACUCUUGGACACAACUACUACAUCAACCAUUAAAAAGACUUUGAAUCCUGUCUGGAAUGAAGAGUUCUUUUUCAGGGUAAACCCCCGAGACAACAAGUUAUUGUUUGAGGUGUUUGAUUCCAACCGAGUGACCAGGGAUGAUUUCCUGGGACUGGUUGAAAUUCCGCUGAACCACACAACAAUACAGACGGAGACAGAGGGCCAUGCCCUCCUGCCAAAAUCGUACAUACUACGCCCACGCAGCUCUCGAUCCAGAGUGAAAGGUACCUUAGAGCUGUACCUGGCCUAUGUAUGCAAUGGAGAAGAUGAAGAAAAUCAAGAGGCGGAAGCUGACACAUCAGGGGCACAGAACUCUUCUGAUCCCAGUUGGGAGAUGGUGGACUUGGAUAAUGCAUUAGAUACAUUGAGGACAAUCAGCUGUACGAACGAGGCCUCAGGAGCAUCGGGUCCUACCAAUGAGGAGUCGGAGGAGCCCCUACCCCCAGGCUGGGAGGUCAGGACCCAGCAGCCCACCGGGAAAAAGUACUACAUCAAUCAUAACACACGCAAAACCCAGUGGGAUCCUCCCCCAAGGGGUGAGAGGACAGGCAGCACAACCCUACCCCCAGACUGGGAGGAGCGUCAGGAUUCCAAUGGACGGAUCUACUAUGUCAACAGAGUGACGCGGGCUACUCAGUUCGAAAGACCAAUUGAGGAAAGUCAAGAAACCCCAUCUGAUGAGGCGCAGGCACAGCAGAGGAGGAACGAGGCGGCGGAACUCUUCCGUACACGGCGACAUGUCAGUGUAGAGGACACCAUCAGCAUGCACAGUGAAAUGGCACUGCCCACUUCAGCGGGGGGAGUCAGAAGUCAUGAGGAGCAAGAGGAAAACAGAGAGAGACGAAUGCCAAAUGUACGUGCCGCCUCUUUAGAUACACCAACUGCUGAUGGAGCCAGUGCUGCUAAUGAUGAAGAGCCCCUCCCAGCGGGCUGGGCCAUGAGUAAGGCCCCUAACGGCAGAGUCUUUUACAUCGACCACAACACAAGGGUGACCACUUGGGAGGACCCAAGGAAGACUCAAAACCAGCGUGCCAGUGUCAGACGGACGGGGGACACCCCAACUCUGGUCAGGAGGAGCUCCUCCAAUGAGAACCUCCUUCAGAAUCUAGGGCCUUUACCAGCCGGCUGGGAAGAAAGGACACAUGUGGAUGGAAGAGUUUUCUACAUCAACCACAAUAACAAGACUACACAAUGGGAUGAUCCUAGAUUAAGACUGCUCGGUGGGCCUGCUGUACCAUACUCCAGAGACUACAAAAGAAAAUAUGACUACUUUAGGUCUAAACUACGGAAACCAAAUAAUAUUCCCAAUAAGGUUGACAUCAAAGUUUCUAGGGAUCGUAUCUUGGAGGAUUCAUAUAGAGCCAUCAUGUCACUUAAGAGGACAGAUGUACUUAAAGCCAGAUUGUGGAUAGAGUUCGACGGGGAGGUGGGGCUGGAUUAUGGGGGCGUGUCCAGGGAGUGGUUUUUCCUGUUAUCCAAGGAAAUGUUUAACCCUUACUAUGGACUCUUUGAAUAUUCCGCUACUGAUAACUACACGCUUCAGAUAAAUCCACUAUCUGGUUUGGCCAAUGAUGAUCAUUUGUCGUACUUUGAAUUUAUUGGUCGAGUGGCGGGUAUGGCGGUAUUUCACGGAAAGCUAUUGGAUGGUUUCUUCAUUCGUCCAUUUUACAAGAUGAUGUUGGAGAAGCCGAUCACUUUAUCAGACAUGGAGCCAGUGGAUUCGGAGUAUUACAAUUCCCUGGUCUGGAUCAUGGAGAACGAUCCGGUUGACCUGGAUUUGAGGUUCUCUGUAGAGGAGGACUACUUUGGGGAGAUUACGACCAGAGAUCUUAAACCAAGUGGAUCAGAUAUUAUUGUGACAAAUGAUAACAAACAUGAAUAUAUCAAUUUAGUUAUCCAGUGGCGAUUUAUGUCCAGAAUUGAGGCACAAAUGAAGUCUUUUAUGAAAGGAUUUGCCAGCUUAGUUCCUUUGGAAAUGAUAAAAAUCUUUGAUGAAAAUGAAUUAGAGCUGUUGAUGUGUGGUCUACAGGAUAUUGAUGUAAAUGACUGGAAGGCACAUUCUGCUUAUAAAGGGGAAUACAACCCAAAUCAUCCAGUUAUAAUCCACUUUUGGAAGGCUGUGUAUUCCCUUAACAAUGAAAUGAGAGCUCGUUUACUACAAUUUGUGACGGGUACGUCUCGGGUCCCCAUGAACGGAUUCCGAUCUUUGUACGGCAGCAACGGACCUCAGCUGUUUACUAUAGAAAAGGUGGGCAAUACCAACCAGCUGCCCAGAGCACACACUUGUUUUAAUCGUUUAGACUUGCCACCAUAUAAUGACUACCAUGAACUGAGACGAAAACUCCUUGUGGCAAUAGAGAAUACCCAAGGCUUCGACGGAGUGGAUUAAAUUGAUCCAAUCAUUAGCAUCAAAUCCAUAUCAUUAUGUUUAUCAAAUAAGCCUGGACAUUGUGGGAUUUUUUCUUAUUAUGGAUUGUGGCAUUAAAACUGGUUCUCUAGCCUGUAGAUGGGAGAGGAGAACUAGUUGUGACUGUGAUCAGACUUGUGCAAUUUCUAUAGAUGGAGUGGACAAUGUGUCUAUUGAUCAAACAGACUGUCGACAAGAUGGCUUUGUCAGAUAGUCUGCUGGCCCACGAACAGAGGUUUAUGCUUGUAUUUAUUCUCUAUAUGUGUAGUAGAAUUUUAGAAAGCAAUCAUUGUUAAAAGGCUGAAAACUCUGUGAGUUUUGGUUGAAACUGAUAGAAUGUUUAUACCCCUUGUUUAGGUGCUUUCUAAAAGUUGUAUGUCAAGACCAAAUGCUUUUUGCAUUCUGUAAAAGAAUUUUAUCCAUGUGCAAACAAGAUGCAUUUAACCUUUAACCUUUAAAUGAAAUACAUGUGUAACAGAGUGAAGAAUGUUGAAAUUAUUAUUGCCCCAAAACAAAGUACAGAUAUUAAAAUACAUACCGGUAUGUUGUCAAAUGAAUGAUGUUAUUAGUAAAACAAUCAGUUUUGGAUUGUUAUAUUUUGUAAAUCUUUUAAUUUUUAGAAUUCUCUGUUUGAAAAAUGAGAAGUUCCUUGUAGAUAAUAAAUUUACAGGAUGUUAAUUCAUUUCAUGCCCAUGCGGUCUUUAAGAUUUACCAGUGUAGCUACAUUCACUAUCAUUUUGAUGUUUUAUGUACCUGGUAUAUUAAAACAACAAACCUUUUAAAUUUUACAACAUAAAGGCAUUGUAGAAGAGUUGGUACAUUGUAGUAUCAAUUUUUACUUCACAAUCCAAUGUUUUUAUGAAUUCAGAUGUUUUAUAGUACACAAGUAAAAUUUUGAAUAGGAAAUUUCCUUCAUUGGCCAGUGUUUAGGUGAUAUUUUGAUCUAAAAAUAUUAUUUUAGCAUACUUUUUACAAUUCUAAUACAAAACUUUCCAUUGGGUUCAUGUACCAGUACUUAAUUGCUGUGUAAUAAAGUGUAUGCAUCAUUAUUUAACAGUAUAAAUACCUGCAAGGUGAUUAAGAAUUGUUAUGAUACUGUAGACAGGGAAACAUUUGCCCCUGUUUUAUCAUAGCCCUUUUUCACCCUCAUUGUCGGCAGGUGAAUUCUAAUGGCUCAAAUUAUCUUUCUUUAAACACAACUGUGUCUACUGAAUUCUAGACAGUGUGUAAAUCUAGACGGGCGAAAAUUACACAGGGCAAAAAUAACCUUCUAUAAUACAUCAGUGCUAUCAUUGAUAUUGAGUGUUAAGAUAACUAAUUAAAGCGACCAAAACUGAUAAUGAGCAAAGAAAGCAUCUCAAUUGAUAUUCUAAACUUGGUAUUCAAUAUACUAAAAGUGCAUUAAUGGAACAAAAAUCAUCAUGUUUGCUCAAUUUCUUCAUGUGAAAAAUGCUGCUCAAAGAAAAGCUUGCUGGAAAGUACCUGUAAAAUCAUGUCCCUGUCUUACUCAAUGUAUGCAUUUAUGCCACUUCUAUAAAUGAUAAAAGAGAGUUGUGAAUAUUCUUAUUUUAUCCCAUAUCAUAUUGCAUGGGUUUUUAUGUUGAAUCCAAAGGGAACAUUUUAAUAAAAAAAAUAAUUGUAUCCCUGUAAUUCCAGAAGGAACAAUCCUUUAUUAGACAUGUUCCAUCCUUGUUUUGUAGAAAUUGGUGUUAUUUGUUCUUUAAUAUUUAUGUUAUAUUUUACGUAAAUGUUAGCUCUCUCCACUUGUUAAUCAGGUCAUUCCUAUACAUAUUGGCCGAUUAGGUUCUCUGGCCAAUUUCAUAGUAAUCAAGUACAAUAUAUGUAUUUGUUAAGCAAUGAACCUGUGUUCUGUUCUUGCCAGAACUGAAGAAUUUUUUAUACACAUUGAAAUAAAAUAUCAUUAAACAGA